AUGCAAUCCUAUCGACGCCAGCUCCAGUUCCUUCCCUUCCCUGGUUUCCCCCCUGCACCAGCCCCACCACCUGUGAGACAGCUUCCCCCCGGCACCUCUGUAUCCAGCACCAACAUCACUGCUCAGCUGUCUUUCAACGCCUCUGCCACCACGACAACGAAUUCUCCCAACUCUGUGGCCGUCACUAGCACUCCUAAUUCGCCUGGGGGAGCUACAGUUAUGACCGGAGGACCCGUUAUCGCCCCGAACACCACUGGUGGUUCGGCAGCAACUGGUGCUGCCCCGCCUGCUGUCGCUGGUCCUCAUGGGUCGUUCUUCCCGCCAGUUUUUCCGAAUCCUGUGACUACAGCAGGGGGUGCUUUGCUGGGGGCUGUUGGAGGCGCUACCACUGGAGCCUUAGCUGGAGCUGCUGCUGGUGCUGCUGCUGCUAGCGGCGAGGGAAACGCCACUGGUGCAGGAGGGGCAGGGCAGGGAGCAGGAGUUACAGGACCAGGAGCCACUAUGGCUGCUGUACCUUCCCCUGCAGUCCUGCAGACGCCACCACCGCUGAUCCUGCCGCCAGCACAGCAGCAGCAGCAGCAGCAGCAGCAGCAGCAGCAGCUGACCCCACCACUGUCACCAGCACAACAGGGAACAGGCACAGCUGGGGGAGGUUUUCCUACUUUUCCUGCUGUGCCUUCAAGGGAUUUUGCUACUGGCGCUGUGCUUGGGAGUGCGUUGGGCGCUGCUGCUGGCACAGCUGCCGCUGCUGCAGGCUCGGCCGUGGCGUCAGCCGCUCAGUCUGCAGCACCGACGCCUCCCCAGAUUCCACCUCCACAGCAGCAGCAAGUUCAGAGCCCUGCCCCGCCAGCAGCUGCAGUGACACCAGGAGGUAUUGUCAAUGAGACUCUAAAUGCGAUAGGAGAGCUUUCUGGACAAGGGAGUGUUGUGCAAUGCGACUUCUUCUUCCUCUAUAAUCGAGCGCGUCCGCCCGUGUUCCGACUCUCGCCGCAGCAGGUCAACCGCCUGCUCAGCCCCCCCGUGUACCACAGGUCUGGGGUGAAAGUGAUUUCCGCGAACAGCAACGGCAACAUGAGCUGCAAUGGGCCCCAGUGCAGCCCGAUUUUCUACUUCACCAGCCCCACCGUCGGGCCUUCGGGCGGCGGGCGCUUUCCCAUGGCGGCCAACUGCUUGGCGCACCACCCCAUCCCCACAUACGUCUACCAGGUGACACCGCACUCCACCGCUUUGGAUACAAGUUUGCGCCCAUCUCCCCAACCAUCCGCCACCGCCUUCCGCCACUUGCAUACCGCCCGUCCCUCUUCCGCGCCCGUCGAUGCUUCCGUUCCGCUAUCCGCUUCCGCCGCGCCUUCGUCCGCCUCCGCAUCCUCCUCCGGUAUUACUCUCCCGCCCAGCGCGGCGGAGUUCCGCACGGGCGUGCAGCGCAACGGCAACAUCGCGAAGCUGCAGGCGGGGUACCUCUUCCCCGAGGUGGCGCGGCGCAAGGCGGCGCACAUUGCGCGCACGCCCUCCGCGAGCGCGCGCAUGAUCAGCCUGGGGAUAGGCGACACCACUGAGCCCAUCCCCGCCGUCAUUGCGCAAGCCAUGGCGGACGUGAGUGGCGGGGGGACGGGUGGGGGGGGGGAAGGAGGGGAAGGGAAGGGGAAGAGGGGAGCAGCAGGGCUGGGAACACUGGAGGGGUACACAGGCUAUGCGGGCAGCCAAGGAGAGGAGGCCCUUCGUCGCGGCAUAGUGGCGGCGUUCUAUGAGGGCAUGGGCGUGGUGCAUGACGAUGUGUUCGUGUCUGAUGGCGCCAAGUGCGACAUUGCUCGCCUGCAGAUGAUGUUCGGUGCCAACGUCAGCAUGGCAUGCCAAGACCCAUCAUACCCGGCAUAUGUGGACACGAGUGUGAUCAUGGGGCAGACCGGCACGUACGACCCCUCCUCGCAGCACUACGGCAACAUCACGUACCUGCGCUGCUCGCCUGAGAACGAUUUCUUCCCUGACCUUGCCUCUGCGCCUCGCACUGACAUCAUCUUCUUCUGCUCGCCCAACAACCCCACCGGCAAGGCGGCGUCACGGGCGCAGUUGGAGGAGCUGGUGGCGUUUGCACGGCGCAACGGGUCCAUUGUGGUGUAUGACAGCGCUUACGGCAUCUACAUUGAGGAUGACAGCCCCAAAUCAAUUUACGAGAUCGAAGGCGCUCAUGAGGUGGCCAUAGAAACCGCCUCUUUCUCCAAGUACGCGGGCUUCACAGGGGUGGCCAUAGAAACCGCAUCUUUCUCCAAGUACGCGGGCUUCACAGGGGUGCGUCUGGGGUGGACGGUCGUGCCGUCCACCCUGCGCUACGCCAACGGGCAUGCAGUGAGACCGGACUUCAGCCGCAUCGCCAACACCGCCUUCAACGGCGCCAGCAACAUCGCACAGGCGGGCGGCACCGCAUGCGUCUCAUCACAGGGGCUCCAGGCUAUGCGGGGUCUCAUUGCCUUCUACAAAGAGAAUGCGCGCAUUCUAAAGACCGCCUUCUCAGAAGCAGGUCUAGAGACAUAUGGAGGAGUGAACGCUCCUUAUGUAUGGGUGCGCUUCCCCGGCCGCUCAUCCUGGGAAGUGUUUGAGGAGAUUCUGGCUCGCACUGACAUGGUUACCACUCCUGGGAGUGGGUUUGGGCCCGGUGGAGAAAGCUUUGUUCGUGUCAGUGCAUUUGGGCAUCGAGAGAACAUUGUGGAGGCGGCACGUCGCAUGGUGGAGCUUUAUGGCAAAAGCUAG